AUGCGCGCGUGCGCCAUACUCACUCAGGCAGAUAAAAUAAGAAGUUUAACACUAGAUUGGUCUGAUCGUUUUCACAUCAUUCAUGGGAUUGUUCGAGGGCUUCUUUAUCUUCAUCAUGAUUCAAGGUUUAAAAUUGUUCACCGAGAUCUUAAAGCUAGCAACAUUUUGUUGGAUGCUGACAUGAAUCCAAAGAUAUCUGACUUUGGUCUUGCUAGAAUGUUUAGAGAUCAAGAAAUCGAAGCAAACACGAACAGGAUCGUCGGGACAUUGGGUUAUAUAUCACCUGAGUAUGCUGUAGACGGGACUUUUUCAGAGAAAUCUGAUGUAUUCAGUUUUGGGGUUCUUCUGUUGGAGAUUGUAAGCGGAAAAACAAAUAGAGAAUUUUCUCGUGAGAAGGACAAUGAUAACCUUCUUACACAUGCAUGGAGACUUUACGAAGAAGGCAUGGCUCUUGUGUUGCUUAGUGCGCAUAUGCGUGAAUCAUGCGUUGAAUCUGAAGUACUUCGGUCAAUACAUAUCGGUCUCUUGUGUGUGCAACAUCAUACAAAUGAUAGACCCACAAUGUUAUCAGUUGCUUUGAUGUUCGAUCAAGAUGGUGCAUUGCCUCCACCUAAACAACCUGCAUUUUUUGCAGAAGGCAUUCUACCUAAAGUUAAACAGAUCUCCGUUAAUGAUGUUACUAUUACGAUGUUGGAACCUCGAUAA